AUGUAUCGAUUUACAAAAAUAAUAAAUAAUAAAUAUGGUAGAUGUAUAACUUAUCAAAAAAAAUUACUUCAUAUUUCAACAUAUUUUAAUAACAAAAUUUCUGAUGGUCAUCAACCUACUAUUCAUGAGAUGCUUACUCAUCCACAUGAUGUAUUAGAUAAACAUCAAAUUUUUACACAACCAACAAUUCCAAAGUUAACAAAAUUAGCAUUAUUAGGGGUAGAAGGUUUAUUUAAAUUAUGUGAUAUCUUAUCAUAUCUUCCAGACAAAAUAACUGGAAAAUCAGCAAAAAUAUUAAAAGAAAGACAAUCUAUUAAAUCAUUAUCUAUAAAUCCUAAUGAUAAAAGUGGUCCAUAUAGAUAUAUAGAUACUUUACAUACUGAAUUAACAACAACACCAUAUGAAGGUAUCUCAACAUUAAAAGAACUUUUACAAUAUGUUCAUCAAAAUUAUGGAACAAAAGAUUCAUUGGGUGAACGUGAAAUAACUGAAUUAUACUCACAUUUUGAUAAUGUUGAAACACAACUUGUUAAAUUAGGAGAAUAUAAAUUUAUAACAUAUAAUCAAUUAACUGAAAAUUUAGAAUCAAUUAAAAAUUAUUUACAUAAAAUUGGAAUAAAAAAAGGUGAUACAAUAUGUAUAUAUGCAGAAACAAGAGUUGAAUGGUUAACAAUGGCAUUAGCAUGUUUUUCUCAGGGAUAUGUUGUUGUCACAGCAUACUCAACAUUAGGAAAAGAUGCAGUAAAAACAAUUAUUAAUGAAACAAAUUGUAAAGUUAUCGUUGCUACAGAGUCAUAUUUUAAUAAUUUAAAAGAUAUUAUUAAUGAUAUGCCUUCAUUAGAGGGAAUGAUUUAUUUUCGUGAAAGAUUUCGCCAAUCAAAAAAUGGUAAUAAUCUUCCUUCAACUAAAGAUGAACGUAUACAAAUACCUGAUGAAAUAUGUAAACAACUUAAACAUAUUUAUCAUUAUGAUGAUUUAUUAAAAAAUUUUUCAAAAAAAAAUGAAUAUAAUGAAAAUUUAGUGUUACCUGAUGAUGUAGCAUUAAUUAUGUAUACAAGUGGAUCAACAGGAACACCAAAAGGUGUUCCCUGUAAACAUAAAUCAUUAAUUGCAACAUUAAGUGGUUUAGUAAAUCAUAUAAAAGAUUUUAAUUUUACCACGAUGAUUGCUUAUCUACCAUUAAGUCAUAUUAUUGAACUUUCUGCUGAGUUAUGUUUUAUUACAAUGGGAAAAAAAAUUGGAUACUCAUCACCAUUAACACUUAUAGAUACUUCUACAAAAAUUCUUCCCGGCUCAACUGGUGAUGCUUCUGUAUUGAAACCACAAUUUUUUGUUGCUGUUCCAGCUAUUUUAAAUCGUAUAAAAAAGGCUGUUAAUGAAAAAAUUAAAAAUGAAAGUAUAUUUAAACAAAAACUUUUUCAAAUGUGUUAUGAUAGAAAAGUUAAAAAAUUUCACUUAGGUAGAAAUACACCAAUAAUUGAUAGAGUUAUUUUUAAAAAAAUUAAAAAUUUACUUGGAGGAGAGGCAAAUUUAAUUUUUACAGGAGGAUCUGCAUUAGAUGCUGAAACUCAUCGUUUUGUUUCAACAUGUUUACUUUCAAAUGAUGGAAUUAUAAUGCAAGCAUAUGGAUCAACUGAAGGAAGUAUUUCAAGUACAAUGAGUAUAAAUGAUACUGAAGUUGGAACAGUUGGUUAUCCAUUAACAAGUUCUGAGGUACUUCUUAAAUCAUGGGAAGAAGGAAAUUAUUUUGUAGAAGAUGUUAAUCCCAGGGGUGAAAUUUUGAUAUCAGGGACACCUGUUUUUGAUGGAUAUUUUUCUAUAAAUGAUGAUGAUAUAUUUUAUAAUAGUCAUGGAAAAAAAUGGUAUUGUACUGGGGAUAUUGGUGAAAUAAAACCAAAUGGAUCUCUUUCUAUUAUUGAUAGAAAAAAAGAUUUAGUUAAACUUACGACUGCUGAAUAUAUACCAUUAGGAAAGGUUGAGUCUAACUUAUUAACAAGUCCAUAUAUUGAUCAAGUAUGUGUUGUAGGAAAAAGUACAAUGGAUUAUUUAGUUGCAAUUAUUGUUGUUAAUGAAAAAAAUCUUUGUGAACUUGCUGCAUCAACGGGUCAUAAAGGUUCAUUAGAAGAAUUAUGUAUGAAUAAAGCUCUUAGAACAUUGAUUGUUUAUUCAUUAGAAGAAAAGUUUAAAAAUAUACUUCAUAAAAGUGAAAUUCCAAGAAAGGUUAUUUUAGAAACAACACCAUGGACAGUUGAAAGUGGAUUAUUGACAGAUUCAAUGAAAAUAAAAAGAAAAGUUAUUGAAAAAAAAUAUGAAAAAGUUUUAGAUAAAGUUUAUAGACCAUUUGAAGAAAAUAUUAACAGUAUACUUAAAUUAUAA